AUGGCAAGCUCAAGCUCUAAUCAGUAUGCCACAGUAGAAAUUAAAGAAGAGGAAUACCCAUACCCAUCGAAUCUUUCAGCAGCAAGCUUUAUUAGUGUGAAACUGAGUGGUAGGGACAAGUACGCUAUCUGGAAAACUCAGAUGGUGUGUCUCUUAAAGAGUCAUGAUAUGUUUGGUUUCAUCGAUGGAACACUCAAAAGCCCUCAAACUGAUGUUUCUGGAAAGGAGAAAGUGGAUGAUCAUCACACUCACAGGCUGUGGACAAGAUCAGAUGCCCUGGUUAAAGGAUGGAUUCUUGGUUCACUCACGGAAGAAACACUCAUGUAUGUUUUGAAUCGUCUCACAAACAAAUUAAUGCAACACACAAAUGUGAAUUUCACUGCAAAAGAUGUUUGGGAUGAAUUGCAGAUUAUAUAUGGUCCUCCACCAUUGCAGACUACCUUUGGUCCUGUUGGUCUUCCACAACGAUUUGAAGCCCCUUCUGAUGUUGCUAUUGCUUCCCUCCGACCACACCUUUUCCGUCUGGCAGCCUCUGAUUUGUUGUCGUUUCUUUCUCUAUCAUCAUUGCACUUGCCGAUCUCGCUGAAAUUGGCUCCGUCCGCCACAGCUCGAGCUCUUUCUCGCUACCUUUCUCCGGACUCCCCUUCUGCUGAUAAACAAGAAGAAAAAAGAAGAGCAGGGAUUCACCAACUAUUCUACCAAGCACUUGUAGGAGUACGUGCGUAUGUCAUUGAUCUCAUUUUGAGUAACGGAGAAGUUACAGUGAUAGACAAAAUCACGAAUAAUGGAAACACAGCACUCCAUGUAGCAGUGGGUGCUACCAAGAAAGCGGACCUAUUACAGAAACUGCUGGAAAAGACACCGGAGAACACACAACUGUUGGAUCUAAGAAAUUCAGAUGGAAGCACACUUCUUCAUGUUGCUGCCAUUGUUGGCAACACCCAAGCUGCUGACAUCUUGGUGGGAAGAAACCCAGAUUUAUUGUUCGCCAAGGACAACGAGGGUCACACACCAUUAGCCAUAGCUCUAUCUAAUAUGCAUACAGAGACAGCUCAGCAUCUGUUGCAACACAUCGGUAAUGACCUAGAGAUGGGUACUCUGUUUUCUGGUUCAGGUGGCGAUGAGCUUCUAGUUACUGCUAUUUCGUCUAAAGAUUUCCGUUUGGCGUGUGAUUUGCUAGGCCGUUACAAAACAUUGCAUGGUGAUGCUGUUUUGAUGGCUAUUUUUCUAAAUUUCCCACGCGAACUCAAUAUGUUGGAAGAAUUUUCAAGGACUGGUAUUUUACACUCAAAAAUAGAAAGCGCUGUGGUUAUCGCAUCUGAUUAUACGGUUGAGAAAUGUGGGUGGCCAUAUAUUAAAGAGAGAGUUCGAACACAUCUUGAUGCUAUUCUACUAUUAGCUUCGGUAUGUGACUUGAUAAGAUUCAGGAAUGACCCCAUGUGUUACCAUCAAUAUUACAUGAAUCCACUUUAUGAAGCCAUAAGACAAAAUUCAUACGAUGUUGUAGAAUAUAUUUUGUCUUAUUUUCCAGAUGCACUUACGAGUGCCAAUGAAGAAGGUCACAACAUAAUUCAAUAUGCUGUGAUAAAUCGCUCUGAAAACAUUUACAACAUGCUAUAUCAAAUGGGGGAACACAAGAAUAUAUACAGAACAGUCAAAGACCCUUCUCGAAAUAAUCUCCUGCAUUUGGCUGCAAGAUUGGCACCUUCCAACAAACUUAACCUUAUAUCCGGAGCAGCUUUACAGAUUCAACGUGAACUACAAUGGUUUAAGGAAGUUGAAAGAUUUGUAUGUCCUUUGAACAUCAUACAAAGGAACUCUUUCGAUGAAACACCUCAAAUGGUGUUUACAAGAGAACAUAAGGACUUGGUGGUUGAGGGAGAAAAAUGGAUGAAGGCCACUGCAGAGUCAUACACCAUCACAGCUGCAUUAAUUGUCACUGUUGUGUUUGCAGCAGCAAUUAGAGUGCCAGGAGGAAACAAUCAGGACACAGGACUACCCGUUUUUACCAACAAUACAGCCUUCACCAUAUUUGCGAUAUCAGAUGCCAUAUCAUUAUUUGCAGCCGUAACUUCAUUGUUAACAUUUUUGUCGGUUCUCACAGCACGUUUUGCUGAACAAGACUUUCUCUUCAAGUUGCCUACAAAGUUGAUAAUUGGUUUGGCUACCUUGUUCAUCUCAACCACAUCCAUGAUAGUAGCUUUUGGUGCAACAUUGUACAUUGUAUUCGGCCAAAGGAAUUCAAGGAUUCUUAUUCCAAUAGUUGUGUUGACAUGCCUACCGAUUAUUUCUUUUGUGACCCUGCAAUUCCGUCUCAUCAUAGACUUGAUGAGGGCCACAUAUGGUCGUAGUAUUUUUGGUAAGAAAAGAGACGACACUUUCUAA